UGGCUACAGUCACGUAUUUCGGAGAUACAUCGUAUUCAAGAAUCGCUAUAUAAGACAAAGUAAACAUGCCGCCAAGUUCUGAUGAUUUACCAGCCAGCAGAGCAGUUCGAAUAAUCUUUCUCUCCUCAUAGCCACCAUUGUCCCCAAGAAAACCACCAGCAUCCUCGGUGACUUUCUCUCCGCAAGGCAAUCAGUCAAGAUGCAAACUCGCAACCUCCUCCUCGCUGCCUCCCAGUUGGCUCUCGGCCUUGCGGCCCCGGCCCCGCUCCCGGUAUACAACCUGCUCUCCACUCGUGAGACGCACUACAACGCCAGCCUGCCCAACAUCACAAUUUUCGCUACGGGCGGUACCAUCGCCGGCUCAGCCUCCUCCAAUGCACAGACAACAGGCUACCAAGCCGGUGCUCUCGGCGUCGAUAUCCUCAUCGCCGCUGUCCCAGAGCUGUGGAAUGUCUCCAACGUCAAGGGCGUGCAGGUCGCCAACGUGGACUCGGGCAGCAUCACCCCUGGUAUCCUCCUCAACCUCACCCGCCUCGUGCAAGAGGCUCUCGAUGACCCCUACUGCCAGGGCGCCGUCAUCACCCAUGGUACCGACACCAUGGAGGAGUCUGCCUUCUUCCUUGACGCCACCAUCAAGAGCGAGAAGCCCGUCGUCGUCGUGGGCGCAAUGAGACCCGCCACCGCCAUCAGCGCCGACGGCCCCAUCAACCUCCUUGAGGCCGUCACCCUCGCCGGCAGCCCCGCCGCUGCGGGCCGCGGCACCAUGAUCGUCCUCAACGACCGCAUCGGCAGCGCCUACUACACCACCAAGACCCACUCCAACUCCCUUGACACCUUCAAGGCCGUCGAGCAGGGCUACCUCGGCUUCUUCCUCGACAUCAAGCCCGUCUUUUACUACCCUCCCGUCCUGCCCCUCGGCCGCGCCUACUUCAACGUCACCGAGGCCUCUGAGCUGCCCGAAGUUGACAUCCUCUUCGGCCACCAAGCUCUGAACCCUGCCCUCGCCACCGCCGCCGUUGCCAGCGGUGCCAAGGGUCUCGUCCUUGCGGGUAUGGGCGCCGGUGGAUGGACCACCCCUGGCCGCAACGCGCUCAAGACUCUGGCGCAGGAGAACGGCACGCAGAUUGUUGUCUCCAGCAGAACCAUGAGUGGAUUUGUCGAGGAUGACGAUGCGCUUAACACGUACGGUGGCUGGAACCUGAACCCCCAAAAGUCGCGCAUUCUGUUGCAGCUUGCGCUUUACUCUGGCUACAGUUCUGAGCAGCUUGAGACGCUGUUCAUGUUCGCCCCUUGAGUGGGUUGGACCAUAAUGACAUUGAAUUAUGAGAUUAUGAGUACAUAGAUAUAAUAAUAGAGA